GUUCAAUCGUAAUACGUUCAAAUGACGUAUUAUGCCCUUGGUUAGCGUUAGAACGCAUGCCUUGCUGUUAUGUUAUCAGGUUAAUAUUAUUAAUGUAAGAUUAAAUUAAAUGUUCUUGGAUCGCGUCAUUCUCUUGUAGGAUUUGUCUGUUGUAUUAAGCAGAAUGCCUUUACACAAAUACCCCCCAAAAAUAUGGGAGGCACUGAAAUUGCAGAAAGGCAUCUAUGCCCGUCUGCCCCAGCAUUACCUCCGCUCUCUGCAGGACGCAACCCCUCCUACUGCUGUACACUGGAAACCUCUGGGUGUUAAAUACAGACUUGAUCCUAAAACUGGACAACGUGAGCGAGUGCAGGAUGUGCCCAUCCCAAUUUAUUAUCCACCAGAAUCACAGGACGGACUCUGGGGUGGAGAAGGCUGGAUUUCCGGCUUUAGAUACGCCAAAAAUGACAAGCUUUCUACUAGAUUGCGGAAAACCUGGAAGCCACAGCUGUUUAACAGAGAGCUGUACAGUGAGAUCCUUGACCAAAAGUUUAAUGUAACAGUAACAUCUCGAACGCUUGACCUUAUUGAUGCAGCUUAUGGAUUUGACUUCUAUAUUCUUAAGACCCCCAAGCAAGAUCUGAACUCCAAAUUUGGCAUGGAUCUAAAACGCGCUAUGCUUUUACGGCUGGCGCGCAAAGAGACGGAUCUUUACCCCGAUGAUCCAUCCCGGCGGGAGAAGAUAUACAACCGUUACAAGCAGACGUUUGAGAUCCCAGCGGAGGAGGCUGAAUGGGUGGGCUUGAGUCUAGAAGAGGCUGUGGAGAAGCAAAGACUAUUAGAAAAGAAGGAUCCAGAGCCUCUCUACAGUGGUUUGGUGGAAAAGCUUGUGAAUGAAUUUGCCCUUAAGAAGCUGUCUGAGCCUCAGAUCGUGGAGAGAAAGUGAAGACUUUUCAACUGUUAAAUAUACCUAAUGUAUUUAUUUUGUAUUAAAGGGAUAGUUCACUUUAAAAUGAAAAUUCUGUCAUCAUUUACUCAACCUCACGUUGUUCUAAACCUGUAUGAAU